AUGACUAAGAAGACCAUGACGGGUGAAGGCGAACAAAGACUGCCGCAAGGUCCCGGCGGGUGUGGCCGAAGUCUUUGCCAUGCCCACCUCUCUGACGGUCUCCGAGCUAUUGAAGUGGAAACCGCUGGACAGGCCGACGGACAGCCGAAUCGGGCUGGAGCAAUUCUGUACCACUCAUCGGAUGCUGUAGGGCUGAAAGAAAUCCCCCGGUACGUCUAUCAUUGCAACCCAACUUGGUUCAAGGGCGAAAUACUCGACGGUGCUGCGAUCAAAGCCCACAGUGAGAAAGGCAAGCGGUCAUUCGAUCACCCUUGCGCUCCUGGUAUCCUCCUCCCCCUCUGGAUGUUCAAGGUUUGGAGCAUAAUAUCGCCUCUCCACGAGCCACGCCAUGGACUCCACCGAAGCAUCAACUGGGUGAGGAAAAUGGCCGAAGAGGAGAAGUGGUCCACCGGUCUCUCAGAUGCAGUCAUGGCCGCCAUCCAGAACGUUCCUAUCAAGAACAGGACCCUCGUGAAUACCAUCUACGAGCUUCUGUCCAACCGCAUGAUCUCGGACGAAUCUGUCACGGCGGCAUGUAUUUCGAUCAAUAUCCUCAUUCGCCGACACCAUCAGCACCCAUCCGCUUACGUCGCCAAUCCGUACGUCGGCACACAGUGCCUGGGAGGUCGAGAGGCGAAGGCUGUCUCCGACAUCUUCAAGUUGCAUAAGAAGCAGGCCGAUAUACCGAACGCAUCAUUGUCCCCUGGUACUUCAAACCCGAUGACCGCAGGCCUGGACACUGGGUUACAGUCAUUCUGGACUUGGAACACACAACAUUCUUAG